GCCAUACGGAAAGCGUGGGGUUAAGCGCCCGCUCUCAUUCUUUUUCGGCAAUCCCUUUCAUCAUCUGCAUCUGCAUGCAGCCGUUAGGCUCUGGGACAGUUAAUAAUAAUUGAGGACCGAGGGGGCUGAUGGAAAAGAGAGUAUUAGUAUCGUGGGACAUGCCCCCCGUUAGGUGCCUGCGUUCUGUUCUGUUCUGCUCUGCUUCCGACACUGGCACUGUCGUUCUGUUCCUUGCUGCCUUCUUCUGCUGGUUUCGUGUUGCACUGCGCUUCUCCUCUUGAGUCGUCUUCAUACCCAUUCUCUCUCUUUUUUUUUUUUCCUCUUGUUGCCCGAUAUUGGGUUCCCGUUCCCUUGAGCAGUGCUCCUGGCCAACACUCGACCACACCAAGCCAAAGCAAUAGUUAUUAUAUAUAAAAAAAGAUGGAAAAGAGCAGCAGUCGCUCCCAGGGGUCGGCAUCCUCGUUCGAGGCCGACUCGACCGAUCUCCACCUGCGAUCCAAGAUGCGCACCGUUCGCAUGCUCGACACGGCCCGCGUGGGCACGACGGCGCUGGCGCUCCUGAUGGGCCUGACCGUGCUGGGCAUCUCGGCCAACACGCUCCGUGUGUACCGGGAGACACAUGUCUCGUCGGACUUCCUGCUGCCGCUCUGGCCGGACGAGUUCAACGCCCGCCCGACCGUGUCGCUCGUCAUUGGCAGCUCCAUCGUGCUCGUCUCCAACAUCGUCGCCCUGUGCUUCAGCCAGGUGCGGACUCUCCGCGCCCGAGCAACAGCCCACACGUCGGUGACCUUCGUCGCGCCGCUGGUCGGCCUCGCGGGCGCGCUCGUCGCCGUCAUCUUCUACUACGCCGUCAACGCGUCCGUGACGACCGACACCUUCCUCUCGUGGACGUGCCGCUGGAAGGAUGUCUCCAUGUCGCAGCAGCCGCACUGGGGCACGCUCUGCCAACAGAGCCACGCAGGGCUGUACCUGGCCAUACUGCUCCUCCCCGUCGAGGUGGUUGCCCUCGCGCUUGCUGCGCGCCAGAUGCAGCUCGAGAGGUAUACGGACCGGUACCUGGCUGCGAGGAAGACACCUGUGCUUGCUUGAGAGUUAGUUAGUUAGUUUACCUAGUACUGGUUCUGAGACUGUCACUCCCUGAACUUUAUAAAGGGGAAGAAUGCUACGAAGGCUGGUAGGGUAAAUUGUGGUUGUGGAGGGUUCUGUUAGGUUAGGUGAC